AUGCGAUGGUCCACUCGCUCCUUCACGGCUGAUCAUCUCACAAAGAGACGCUUUUUCCCAAAGCCUGACAGUCAGCCGAAAAAGAAAAAACCUCGGCUGUAACAGAAAACCAAGUAGAAGGAAGGAAGAGCGCGUUUAGAGGCUGGUAUUCUGUCCGCCUGCGUGGCCGCGCACUGGGGGAAGAACAGCCGCGGUUUAUCUCAUCAGCUACAGACACCAUGAGCCAGAGGUUCACCGUCUCCAAGAGCGACCGGCGCCCCUCUGACAUCCAGGGGGAGGUGAACCAGCUGUUUGAGGGGGAUGAGCCGUCAGCCUGCAGUGAUGCUGCGGGGGAAGCCGCUCCUGCAGAUGCAGAGGAUGUGGUUGUGGUGCUGAAAGGUGACAGUAAUCCCAAAGAGAGCAGCCCCUUCAUCAACAGCAGUGAAGCUGCAGCUGAAAAGAGUCAACAAUAUGACGGCAAGAACAUGGCCUUGUUUGAGGAGGAAAUGGACACCAGGCCCAUGGUGUCGUCCCUUCUCAGCAGCCUGGCCAACUACUCCAACCUUCCCCAAGGCUGCAAGGAGCACGAGGAGGCUGAGAACAACGAGGCAGAAUUAGCGCGCAAGAAACCCGUCAAGGCCCCCCAGCUCGGCACUCUGAUGGGCGUCUACAUGCCCUGCAUCCAGAACAUUUUCGGAGUGAUCCUGUUCCUCAGGAUGACCUGGUUGGUGGGAAUUGGAGGAGUCAUUGGGACCUUUAUCAUCGUCUUCAUGUGCUGUGCCACUACUAUGCUGACCGCCAUCUCUAUGAGUGCCAUCGCAACCAAUGGAGUAGUGCCAGCUGGAGGCUCCUACUACAUGAUUUCCCGGUCCCUGGGCCCUGAGUUCGGUGGAGCAGUUGGGAUCUGUUUCUACCUAGGAACCACCUAUGCUGGAGCUAUGUACAUCCUGGGGGCCAUCGAGCUGCUUUUGAUCUACAUAUGUCCCAAAGCAGCGAUAUUUCCCAUUGAGGGACUGGAGGGAGCUGAGGCAGAAGCCGCCCUGCUAAAUAACAUGCGCGUGUACGGGACCAUCCUGUUGACCUCCAUGGCCACUGUCGUAUUUGUUGGCGUCAAGUAUGUGAACAAGCUGGCCCUGGUGUUUCUGGCCUGCGUCAUCCUCUCCAUUCUGGCCGUCUACGCUGGAGUCAUCAAGACCGGCAUUGAGCCGCCCGUUUUCCCCGUUUGCUUAUUGGGAAAUCGCACUUUGGUUUGGAAGAACUUUGAUGUUUGUGCCAAAACCCUUGAGACGGCUAAUGGAACAGUGACCACGCAGCUGUGGAGCAUGUUCUGUGACUCACCUUUCCUUAAUGCCACCUGUGACAAAUACUUUACUGCCAACAAUGUGACGCAGAUCCAGGGCAUUCCUGGGAUUACCAGUGGAGUUUUGAAAGAUAACUUGUUUGGGAACUACUAUGAGAAGGGGGAUCUGGUUGCCAAAUAUGACCUGGAGUCAGUGGAGGACCAUGAUGACCCUCUUACCAAUUCUAACCGCUACGUUUUGGCUGAUAUCACCAGCUUCUUUACGCUGCUGGUUGGCAUCUACUUCCCAUCAGUGACAGGUAUCAUGGCCGGAUCCAACCGCUCUGGAGAUCUGCGUGAUGCCCAAAAGUCAAUCCCCAUCGGAACCAUUGCAGCCAUCACAACCACCUCCACUGUCUACAUGACCAGUGUGUUUCUGUUUGGUGCCUGCAUUGAGGGGGUGGUCCUCAGGGAUAAGUUCGGAGAGGGCGUGCAUGGGAACUUGGUCAUUGGCACGUUGGCUUGGCCGUCGCCAUGGGUGAUCGUGAUUGGCUCUUUCUUUUCCACUUGUGGGGCAGGGCUCCAGAGCCUGACGGGAGCUCCUCGUCUUCUGCAGGCCAUCGCCAAGGAUGGCAUUGUGCCAGCCCUUAGGAUCUUUGGCCAUGGAAAGGCCAAUGGAGAACCAACAUGGUCCCUCCUACUGACAGCUUGUAUCUGUGAGAGCGGCAUCCUUAUUGCCUCCCUGGAUGCUGUGGCUCCUAUCCUCUCCAUGUUCUUCCUGAUGUGCUACAUGUUUGUGAAUCUGGCCUGUGCCCUUCAGACGCUCCUGAGGACUCCAAACUGGAGGCCCCGCUUCAAGUUCUACCACUGGGCUCUGUCCUUCCUUGGGAUGAGCUUGUGUCUGACUCUAAUGUUCCUCUGUUCCUGGUACUACGCCAUCGUGGCCAUGGGGAUCGCCGGAUCUAUCUACAAGUACAUUGAGUUCGCAGGUGCGGAGAAAGAAUGGGGUGAUGGGAUACGUGGUCUGUCUCUGAGCGCUGCACGGUACGCUCUAAUGCGCCUUGAGGAAGGCCCACCACACACCAAGAACUGGAGACCUCAGCUGCUGGUGCUGGUCAGCACAGAUGCAGAGCAGAACGUGGAACAGCCACGUCUGCUGUCUCUCACCAACCAGCUGAAGGCAGGGAAAGGUCUCACCAUCGUCGGGACAGCUCUGGAAGGCACCUACCUGGCGAACUAUGAACAGGCUCAACGCGCAGACCAGGCACUGCGCAAAUUAAUGGAGACUGAGAAGGUGAAGGGCUUCUGUCAGGUGACUGUAUCCUCAAACCUCCGGGAUGCUUCAUCCCAUCUGCUGCAGGCCAGCGGACUGGGAGGCCUGAAACACAACGCUGUGCUGGUCUCCUGGCCACGGAACUGGAAGCAAGGAGACGAGCACCAGAAAUGGAGGAACUUUGUUGAGCUGGUCAGAGAGACUACCAUUGCCCAGCUCGCUCUACUGGUACCAAAGAACAUUGCAGCCUUUCCAUCCAAUGGUGAACGCUUCACAGAGGGUCACAUUGACGUAUGGUGGAUCGUCCACGAUGGAGGCAUGUUGAUGCUGCUGCCCUUCCUUCUCCGUCAACAUAAGGUCUGGAGGAAGUGCAAGAUGCGCAUCUUUACCGUAGCCCAGAUGGAUGACAACAGCAUUCAGAUGAAAAAGGACCUGACUACAUUCUUGUAUCACCUCCGCAUUGAUGCUAUGGUAGAAGUCGUUGAAAUGCAUGACAGCGAUAUUUCAGCGUACACAUACGAGAAGACUCUUGUGAUGGAACAACGUUCGCAGAUGCUAAAACAGAUCAACCUUACCAAGACAGAGCGGGAGAGGGAGAUCCAGAGCAUCACUGACUCGUCCCGUGGAUCCAUCCGCCGUAAGAACCCGGCCGCUGUGACCACCCAGCUGAGCGUGACCGAGGAACCGCCCGCCACCAGCAAAGAGGAGAAGCCUGAAGAGGAGUCAAAGUCUUCCCCUGUGUCCCCCCCUCCUCAGGUCCAGCUCAUCCAUGACAACACCACCCCAGCCAGCCCUGCCACCCCGUCCACCACACUGACGCCUGCCGAGGAGGCACAGAGUCCCGGGGAGCAGAUCCAGAGGACCUGGACGGAGAAGUGUGACAGAGAGGCAGCCAAGCCUCGUGGAGGGACCACACAAGAGGACAUCAAAGACAUCUUCAACAUGAAGCCAGAGUGGGAGAACCUGAACCAGUCUAACUUGAGGCGUAUGCACACAGCGCUCCGGCUGAAUGAAGUCAUUCUUAAGAAGUCCUCAGAGGCCAAACUAGUCCUCCUGAACAUGCCAGGGCCACCCAAGAACCGGACAGGUGACGAGAACUACAUGGAGUUCCUUGAGGUCCUUACCGAAGGUCUAAACAGGGUCCUUCUGGUCCGUGGAGGCGGCCGUGAGGUCAUCACCAUCUAUUCCUGAAAGAGCAGCCCCCUCCCCUGCUCUAUAAUCCCCUCCCUCUGUCCCAUCUCUGCCGUACUCUCACCUCUUCAUCAGUACGGCUUCAUUAUGAGGUUCUGUUUGUUUCUGUGCUGUAGUGCUCUCACCACCAACAAAUAGCCCCGCUCAGCUUCAGCGCCUCUCCCUCUGCCCUAUCCACAUCAGACAAGUGAAUCCAGAACCUUCCUAAUGCAAACUCAAUAGAAAAAUUUAACCUUUCUCGACUGGUUGAAAUCCUGUUAUAAUCCACCGUAACUCAGUCGGGAUGAGGUGUUGGUGAGUGUGGGUUCUUCGCUGAAGUGUGAAAACCGCUGCAUGUAUAAGUCUUAUUGUUUCAAUCUCUGUGUUUUUCUAUUCUUUUUGGUUUUUGUAAACACAAGAGUGGGACAGGCAUGGCCUCUGAACGGCACAAACGUUAUCUGGCCAAAAUGGGCCUGACUGUAGGAUUAGAUCUCUUUAGUUCCCUUGUGGAGGAUGUACUUUCCCCGCAGGCUGUUGUCUCGGGUGUGAGUUUUCAUGAUGGACUCUGCAGUCACAGUGAGGACCGCCGGCUGGAGGACAAAGGAGAGUACGGCUGGGAAGGAUGAACUAUGAAACUCACCUUAACCCAAGAGACUGAAAAGUGGGUCUACUCUGCAGUCUUAUCUUUAACCUGCUCACUCUUUGGCAUGACAUACUCAACCACUGUGUAUUUUGUUACUGUAG